AUGUCAGAACAGAAAGGAGAAGACUUUACAAAGCGGAAGCUAUGGGGAGGCCGGUUCACCGGGUCCACGGACCCCCUGAUGCACGAAUUCAACCAGUCGCUCAAGUACGAUAAGCGCAUGUAUGCUGCGGACGUCAAGGGGUCUAUAGCGUUCUCCAAGGCGUUGUUGAAGGCGGGGAUUGUGGAUGAGAAGGAGCAGAAGGAAUUGGAGAGGGGUCUGAAGCAAGUCGAGCUGGAGUGGAAGGAUGGCAAGUUCGUGGUCCAGCCGGACGACGAAGAUAUCCACACUGCAAACGAGCGCCGGCUCUCCGAGAUCAUCGGUAAAGAUAUCGGCGGGAAGCUGCACACUGGGCGGAGCAGGAACGACCAGGUCGCUACCGACAUGCGGAUUUGGCUGAUGGAGCAAACCACCGAGGUGGAGGGCUUCCUCAAGGACUUGUUGAAUGUCAUGGUGACUCGAGCGGAGAAGGAGGUUGAUGCCAUCCUCCCUGGAUACACCCAUCUUCAGCGCGCCCAACCCGUCCGGUGGUCCCACCACCUCCUCUCCCACGCGCAAGCCUUCCUCACCGACCUCUCCCGACUCCGGGAACUCUACCCCCGUAUCUCCGUCCUCCCCCUCGGUUCCGCCGCACUCGCCGGCAACCCCUACUCGCUCGACCGCGAGCUCCUCCGCUCCGAACUGGGCUUCCAGUCCAUCGGCGAGAACUCGAUGCACGCCGUCGCGGACCGAGACUUUGUCGUCGAGUGGCUCCAGUGGGCGAGUCUGCUCAUGGUGCACAUGUCAAGAUUGGCAGAGGACUUGAUUAUCUACAGUACGGCCGAGUUUGGGUUUGUCACCCUGAGCGAUGCCUACAGUACCGGAUCCUCCAUCAUGCCGCAGAAGAAGAACCCAGACUCGCUCGAGCUCCUCCGCGGCAAGUCUGGACGCGUGUUUGGCCAAAUGGCAGGCUUCAUGAUGUCCCUCAAGGGGAUCCCGUCGACCUAUAACAAGGAUCUGCAGGAAGAUAAGGAGCCCCUCUUUGACUGUGUCGACACCGUUUCGGCUGCGCUCCGGAUUGCCGAGGGCGUCAUCGCGACCUUGAACAUUCACCCCGAGAAGAUGAAGGCAGCAUUGACAAUGGAUAUGCUCGCGACGGAUAUCGCAGACUAUCUCGUCCGAAAAGGGGUGCCAUUCCGGGAGACACACCACAUCUCUGGCCGCGCCGUGGCACUCGCCGAGAAGACCAACGUGCAAAUCUCCGACCUCUCCUUGGAACAGUACAAGGAGCUCUCGGAGCACUUUACAGAGGACGUCAUGCAGGUAUUUGAUUUCGAGACGAGUGUGGAGAAGCGGAAUGCGAUCGGAGGGCCGGCGAGGGCGAUGAUUCAAAGGCAGGUCGAGGGGGCGCGUAAGCGGAUCGAGGGGAAGGCGUAG